AUGAGUUCCGUGCUCGAAAAUGAGUCUCUCGCCAUGUUCUUUGACGAGGACUUCAGCGCGGUGACUUAUGUCGAUGCACUUUUCCAGUCCAUUACUGGCUCGUCCGAUAAGUACACCAGAGCCAAUCUAGCCAAGUUGUCCACAAGACUGCUGGAUCUCAUGGCACAUUUAGACUACCACACGGGUGAAAUGUCCAAGGAAAUUGCAGACAAGAUCUUGAGCUUGAAAAAACUGUCGGUGUCGGUGAUUUCAGGCGCCGGAAUCGAUGCAGAUUCCACUGUGGAUGAAACCACAAGACUCAAAUACUAUGUUGACAGUUUGAAGAAUUCGGUCGAAGCGUUACAAGGUGAUCUUGAACAGGCGAGAAAGCAGCUUGAUCCACAAGAAAUCCUGCCCGAUACUGAUCCAGUGGAAGUGUUGAUCCAACUCAAAAAGGUCAGGAUUAAUAUUGGAAAAGUGUUGCAAGUGCUUCAGAACGCCAGAAAGAUGGUAGGCGGGUCCGAGAACCAAUCAACGGGUGUAGAUGAUUUCCAGGAGGCUUUGAAUAUUUUGCAUGAUACCAUAAGGACUCAGGCCAAGGAGGGAACAGACUCUGAUAGAAAAGAAUUGAUCCAGACACUCGAAGAAAUGAAGUCAUGGAGCCCCAUGUUUCAGCAGUUCACCCAGUUUGGACCAGUUUACUUCAAAUUCAUCAUGAAACUUGAGGCAGAACUUAAGAAUUGA